CUGUCCAUUGGGUGGCGCACUAUACACUGUUAUUAAAAGAGGAAGUAAGGAGCUGCUGAAACUUUACUCUCUCUUUUAAGCAACGGGAGAGUUUCAGGACUGAAAGCUGCGAUCAUACAGGCUGGAGGAGGUGUCGUUUAAAUCAGCAGAAAACACAAUGAUUGAUCUGUCAUAUGUAUCUGUCACCUGGACCUUAGUGGUACUGCUCAUAAGUCUUCUGUUUAUUUAUGGUGUUUGGACUCAUGGGUUUUUCAAGAAACUGGGAAUUCCAGGACCAAGACCUUGGCCUUUCCUCGGCACGUUUCUCUCAUACAGAAAAGGUUUUUUCAAUUUUGAUACGGAGUGUGCUAAGAAAUAUGGAAAAGUUUGGGGGAUCUUUGAUGGAAGACUCCCAAUAUUAAUGGUUACUGACCUGGAAAUGAUCAAAGCAAUUAUGGUUAAAGAAUGCUAUUCUACCUUCACCAAUAGACGGGACACAAUUGAAGCCGUGGCUGGCCCUUUUGCUGAUGGUGUAUCUAUAGUUAAAGAUGAGAGAUGGAAGAGGAUCCGCAGUUCACUGUCACCGUAUUUCACAAGCGGACGACUUAAGGAGAUAUUUCCUUUAGCUGAGAAACACGCAGAGCGUUUUAUAAAAAAUAUGAUGAAGCGAGACCUUAAACAGUCAGUUAAAAUUAAAGACGCUGUCGCCUCAUACAGUUUGGAUGUUGUCACCAGCUCGUCCUUUAGUGUUGACAUUGACUCCAUAAACAAUCCUGAUGACCCUUUUGUUGGAAAUAUCAAGAAGUUUUUCCAGUUUAGUUUUUUCAGUCCUCUUUUUCUGUUAUUAACUCUGUUUCCCCCUGCUGCAAAUAUUUUGGCCAAAAUGGGUAUAACUCUUUUCUCAAGAUCAGCUAUGGAUUUUUUCUACAGUGCUCUGAAAAAGAUAAAAGAUGAUCACAACAAGGAAUCCAGUGGCCGAGUAGACUUUCUAAAGCUGAUGAUCCAGAGUCAAAUAUCUGAUGAUCAAGCUGAGGACACCACAAGUGACCAACCUGUUAAAGGUCUUACCGAUCAUGAGAUCCUCUCUCAGUCGUUUAUUUUUAUUCUGGGAGGUUAUGAGACUACAAGUACAACUCUUUCCUUUCUCCUCUAUAAUCUUGCAACUAAUCCGGACUCCCUGCAAAAGCUGGUUAAAGAGAUCGACGCCAACUUUCCUGUCAAUACGCCCAUCACAUAUGAUGCAUUGAUGAAAAUGGAUUAUUUGGAAAUGUGCAUCAAUGAAUCAAUGCGUCUCCUUCCAACCGCCCCACGCUUAGAGAGAACCUGUAAGAAAACUGUAGAGAUCAAUGGCGUGACCAUACCCGAGAAUACUUUGGUUGCAAUUCCUACAUAUGUGCUAAAUCGUGAUCCAAAUCUCUGGGAGUCCCCUGAGGAGUUCAGACCGGAGAGGUUCAGCCCAGAGAGUAAGUCAGAGGUUAACCAGUAUGUUUUCAUGCCUUUUGGACUCGGGCCCCGAAAUUGCAUUGGAAUGAGAUUUGCGCUGAUGAUCAUGAAACUUCUUGUUGUGAAGAUGCUACAGAACUUCAGUAUGCAAACAUGCAAAGAGACGCAGAUUCCUCUGGAGUUGAAUCCCAUGUUUCAGCCAAAGGUGCCCAUCACACUGAAGUUCACACCGAGAUCUCACAGUGACAAAGAAGAAUAGUUCAAAUUACAGUAAUGCAGUGGAGAUUUAUUCAAGUCACACCUUAGUAAAAUUAUCUACAAGAUAUUUGCAAUGACUAUUGUGUCAAAUCAAAGUCUUACAUAAUCACACUUAAUAAAUAACUUUUUGUUAUUAAACUUUUUAUGUUGCCACUUCUACCAUAUUUAGGUGAGUGUAAUGUAAUGUUUAUUGCAAUAAUUAUGUUGCUUAUGGUUGUAUGAGUGAAUUCUUCUUUAUUUUUUCCAGUAUAAUAAAUGCAAUUUUUAAAGGCA